UAAUCAGAUAUAUCGAAAAGAAAACCUAGUUCUAUAAAGGAUCUCACUGCAGAAUCGGAACCAGAAAUCGCUGAAACCAAAACAAGAAGAAGAAGAUGUCGGAACCGCAAGAGGAAGAUAAGAAGCCCGGCGAUCAAUCUGCCGCCCAUAUCAACCUCAAAGUCAAAGGCCAGGACGGGAAUGAAGUUUUCUUCAGGAUCAAAAGAAGCACACAACUGAAGAAGCUUAUGAAUGCAUAUUGUGAUCGACAGUCUGUGGAUUUCAACUCGAUUGCCUUCUUGUUUGAUGGCCGCCGCCUUCGAGGCGAGCAAACUCCUGAUGAGCUGGAAAUGGAGGAUGGUGAUGAGAUCGAUGCUAUGCUGCACCAAACUGGUGGAACAAAUGAUUUAACAAUGUUCUCAUUUGUGUGAAGCCAUGUUUUAGCUUACUGUUCUUAGCACUUAAAGGGCAUAAUUGUUGUCUGAUUAUGUGGAUGUUGUAUGUAUAGACUCAUGGGUGUCAUGGACUUGGUCUGGUUCUGAAAUAUCUAGCUCUUUCUUCAAGAGCCUUUUAUGGAUGAUGUUUUGCUUAAUGAGAUGGGAUUUGG